UCACUUACGUACGUGUACUCAACGGUAUCGACGGUUAAAACGUAUAUCGUAUACGAUACAUUAAAGUGUAUAAUAUUCAUUGCCAACAAAGUAAAAUAUAUUUAAAAAAAAUGUUCCAAGAUAACGAUAUAAAAUCCAAAACGGAUAAAAAUAAAUUCGAAGCGUCAAUAAGUGAAUUAAAAAAGAAAUCAUUCGUGACUCCCGCUGAUAUGGUAAAAUAUGAUGAUGGUGACGUCACAGAGGAGUAUCAGAGAGCAUACAGACGUUCAUUGGCCGAUCCUGAUGGAUUCUGGGCUGAAGUGGGUAUGGAGUUGGAGUGGACGCGGCCGUGGGACCGAGUACUUGACAACAGCAACCCACCUUUCACAAAAUGGUGGGUAGGUGGAGAGAUGUCUGUAUGUUACAAUGCUGUGGAUCGUCACGUGGCUGGGGGCCGAGGUGAUCAGAUAGCGUUAGUCUACGAUUCACCAUUGACCGAUACCGUAAAGAGAAUCACAUAUUCGGAAGUACAAGAUCAGGUUUCAAGGUUAGCUGGCAAGCUGUCUUCACUAGGCGUGACACGGGGUUCUCGUGUUGUCAUUUACAUGCCACUUAUACCAGAAGCAGUUAUAUCCAUGCUGGCAACUAACCGAAUUGGAGCUAUUCACUCGGUUGUUUUUGGAGGUUUUGCUGCACGAGAGCUCAGAACUAGGAUUGAACAUGCGGAACCAACAGUUAUCAUAGCAGCCAGCUGUGGAGUGGAACCAACUAAAAUAGUCAGGUAUAAAGAUAUACUGGAUGAAGCUCUCUGCCAGAGUUCACACCAGCCAAAUAAAUGCAUAAUCUAUCAACGAAGACGCGUGCUUGAAUGUUCCUUAGAAAAAGAUAGAGAUAUUUGUUGGGAUGAAGCGCUGAAAGCUGAGCCUGUACCUUGUGUGUCGACGGAAGCUAAUGAGGCUUUAUAUAUUUUAUAUACCUCUGGUACAACUGAUGACCCGAAGGGCAUACAACGUCCUUGUGGUCACGCGGCGACACUAUGCUGGUCAAUGAACACUGUGUACGGUUUGAAGCGGGGAGUCUGGUGGGCUGCCUCGGAUCUGGGUUGGGUCGUUGGACAUUCUUACAUAUGUUACGGUCCGCUUUUGGCUGGCUUGACUACUGUUUUGUAUGAAGGGAAGCCGGAUAGAACUCCUGACCCUGGACAGUACUUCAGGAUAAUAGAGCAACAUCGAGUAAAUGCUCUCUUUACGAUACCAACUGCAUUUCGCGUUUUGAAAAGGACAGAUCCAGCGGGAAAGUAUGCUAGAAGAUAUUGCAGCAAAUCUUUGAAGACUAUAGUCGUUGCUGGGGAACACUGUGAUCAAGAUACCAGGCACUGGGCUGAAAAUAUUUUCGGAGUUCCACUACUAAAUCACUGGUGGCAGACGGAAACAGGAUCACCAAUCACAGCCGCCUGUAUUGGUUACGGCGUUAAAGGCGUGAGACCUCAUUCAGCGGGUUAUCCAGUUCCGGGAUACGAUCUUCGAGCGUUACGAGAUGACGGAUCUGAAUGUGAAUCUGGAGAAGUCGGGCGUCUAGUUGCAAAAGUUCCCUUACCACCGGGAUUUGCUUCAACACUAUGGAAAUCUGAUGAACGUUUUAAAAAAGUGUAUUUCGACAAUUAUCCGGGGUUCUACGAUACACAAGAUAUGGGAUGGAUAAGUGCAGAAGGCGCAGUAUGGGUUGUGUCACGAGCUGAUGAUGUCAUCAACGUGGCUGGACAUAGGCUUUCCACUGCUGCGAUAGAAGAUGUUGUAUUGAAGCAUGCAAGGGUUGCUGAUGCUAUAGUAGUUGGAGCUCCAGAUCCUACUAAAGGAGACGUACCUUUAUGUCUGUAUGUCCUGAGGCCCCCCCUGGAUGAUGAAGAGAUAGUACAAGAAAGCACAGUCACACAGGAACUAAUCGCUUUGGUCCGACACUUGAUCGGUCCGAUUGCUGCGUUCCGGAAAGCAGUCGCAGUGCCUGCAUUACCUCGUACUCGCUCCGGUAAAGCUUUACGUGGUGCCAUCUCCAAGUUAGCAAGGUCACAGUUAGUCAAACUACCCGCGACUAUAGAGGACGCCAGUGUCUUCGGAGAAAUAAAGGUUGCCUUACAAAAGUUUGGCUAUGCUAUUGAUGCUCCAGAUCCAACGCUGUAAUGAUUGUUAAAUAACUUAUGAAGCUUGUUAAUAUUCGCGUACAUUUUUUAAUUUAAAUAAAAAUUAUAAAAUUUUAUUAAGAAUUUAUUAGAUGAAUAUAAUUAUUAGAUAUCGUAUUAUAUAUUAUACAUACAUAUUGCUUGAGAGUAAUUUUUCACUAAUAGAGGCUUAGAGAACUAUUUUAUGAUACAUUCACCUAUUUCUGUGAAAAAAACUAUACUUUGACAUAAAAAUAAAUUGUGAAAAAAAAUGUAAAGGUUUUGAAUAAGAGAAUUUUCCCAACACUGGUUAAUUUUACAAUCAGUAAGAAAAAAAAUGAAAUCUUGGUUUUCAUUUAUUUACCGAUUUUUCUUAUAACAGUAAUAACAAUAUGGAUACAAAAAGCUCACUAUAUAGGUAUAUGUGUACUAUUUAUUUAAGACCCCUUUAUUUAUUUUAUUAUUAUUUGCUAAGAGUUUUAAUUUAAUAAGAAUGAAUUUUAUAGUUUGACUUACAGUGCUUGUAUAUCUUAAUGUGUUUCUUUUGUAAUUGUAAAGGUGGUAUCUCUUUUGUAUAAAUUACGAGUUAAGAAGUAAAUUAUUUUAAUAGUUAGCCAGAAAAUUUAAAUAAUAUACCGUUGAGUUAUACAAAC